AUGGAGUUCCUGGCCGCCCAAGACCCCUUCGAGGCCAUGCCGUUCUUGAAGAAAGUUUUGACCGUAACAGGGUUAGGUUGGCCCCGGCGCAACCUGCGAAAAUUCGCACUAACUUUGCUGUUUCCGUGGUUGGUCGUUUUGGUGCCCAUGUUGGGUUACAGAUUCGGCAGCCAGGUGGACCUGAUGAUUCGUGGCUAUUCGGAGCUGCUGGUGCUAUUCAACAUCGAAAUUCGAGUGCUGAUUUUUGCGUGGAAGCAGGCUGAGUUUGAGGAUAUGCUCGCCGUGCUGCAGGGCGUUUUUGAUCAAGUUCGUUCUUAUGGUGCCAAAUCACAUGAGUUCAAAAUAGUAACGGUCGCUAACCAAGCAAUGGAUAAAGCCGCAAAAGCAUAUAUGACCUUUCCACUGAUAUUAUUGAUAGUGUUUCUAAUGGUACCAUUGCUUCAAACAACUGCAAUUUACGUAAUGAACCGUCGGAAUGGAACCAUUGAGCAGGAUUUUAUUACAAUGACUGAAAUUCACUUUUACGAUUUGGAUAUUCGUCGGAACAUUUUUCACUAUUUGAUUUACUAUGUGUGUGCAUUCGUAAGCCAUUGUAUUUAUGGCUUCAGAGUGUCUAUAUCUGGAAUUGUAGCUUCUGGUAGUAUUAGGAGCAUCAAUCUAAUUUUCGAUUUAGUCAUUCACAAACUUGAAACGAUUCAUGAAUUCUCUGGCAAAGAGUUGCAUGCUCAUUUUGCCGAAAUCGUCAAUAUGCACGCUGACGCAUUAAGCUGCAUUCGUAUUUUCGAGAGAUUGUCAAAUGUUGCAGUUCUAGUGCAGAUGGUUGAUACCGCACUCAUUUGGAUAUGUAUGAUUUUGUGUGUCACUAAUAAUCCUACUAAAAACUCAUUGAAUCUGGUGGUGCUUUUAGUUAUGAUAUCUUCUGAAACGUACGCAUUCUGCAAAUUGGGCAAUGAGCUAACAGAAAAGAGCAUUACCGUUGGACGAUCAGCAUUCGAAGCCCAGUGGAGUGAGCUUCCGUUGGACAUUCAAAAGGGUCUUUCACUGAUAAUCACACGGUCUCAAAAAUGGGAAGGACUCACGGCAGCUCACUUCUAUCCCUUGAGUAUCGAGCAGUUUGGUGCGAUGGUGCAAACGAGUUACUCUGUGUUUGUGGUGCUUAAGGAACGACUGCAGGGAGUGAUCUAAGCUUACUCGGUUGAAUGAUCCGUCUGAGCUGAAAGUUUGUAUCAAAUCAUUAAGUAAUCUUCGCUUCAUAUAAAUAAAAUUUAAAUGUUAUCAAAUA